ACUUGCAAAAAAUCUGCCAUGCCUGCGAAAAAUUCCUCCCAUGCCCAGAUUCUUGAGGAACGCUUACUUAGUCGCUCCUUUCAUCCGGAUAAAGUAGUCGCUAGGAGAGGAGGAGAACCUACCGGCAACCACCCAACCAGCAGCCAUGUGCAAAGAUACGCCUGGAGAAAUUGACUGUCUUAGAAAAAUCAGCAACAUAACAGGAGUGUGGUCUCUCUUGAUUGAUGAAUUUGCUGAGCACAUCUAUAGGUGCACUGCUGAGUACCUUCCAAAUUUGAAAGUCAUACUUGCAACUCAGUUGUUUGAUAUGUCAACAAUUCUUGAUCCUGGUUAUGUAAUAUCUUUGAUACGAAAAUUUCUACAAAUAGACAACAAAGAUAUAUGGACUCCAAGGGUUAGAUGUUGUCUGUUGUGGAAGUACCAAGAAGGGGUUGGCAGCAAGAAAAGAGGCUUGGAAAGAGUGCGAUUGUAUUUUAUGGGAUCUUGCACGAAGUAAACCUCAUGCUGAAUUCAUGGUGCUUGAUUUUUCUUCUUUUUUUUCAUUUUCUGUAUCUUAACACUAUGUUGGUUCUUGGUUGAAUUUUUUUGGGAGUAGUGGGUUAGCCCUGUUUUCAUGGUAAAGUAUCGAGAUACGAAAGUUUGUAGUUAAUCCAGUGCGUGCUUCAUUUUUUUAUUUGCUCAUGUGACACUAUGAACAUAGAAUCAAAUAUAUCCUAUGGU